AUGAGGGUUUUAUUUAACACAUUGGAGUCGCUAAGACCACUUACAGAAUCCAAGGCAUGGGACUACUGCGUUGUGUGGAUGUUCGAUGACGAUCCUUCAGGGUUUAUUAAGUGGAUUGGAUGCUGUUGCAGUGGAAGUAGCCAUGGUGUUUGUAAAAAUGUCAAAGAGGAAACCGAUGAACUUGAGCUCAAUACGCCUUACCUCUGCAAAGAUACUUACGUUAAACACUCUGUAACGACAAAAGCUUGUGAAAAACUUGCUGUAAUUCCUUCUUCGUUGCCACUGUAUCCUGGGAUCCAUGGAGAAGUAGCGAUGUCUAAACAACCAUUCGUGCUAAGUAACGAUUCACUUGGAACCCAAUUAAUCGUUCCUGUUGAAGGUGGUUUGAUCGAGCUCUUUAGAUCGAAACAUGUUCCCAAUGAUCAAAGGACGAUAGAAACCCUAAUUUCACGAUUGGGUGUCAUUGUAGACCAUGAAUUCCAUGAAAAUGACAUGAAAAGUCGUGUGAAUUCAUAUCAUUUCCAUCAAAUUGUUCCUAAACUAGAGCUUCUUUUCCCUGUUCAACAACCUGUUAUGUCAUCAGGCAAUGGUAAGGCUAAACACAAGAUAGGUAAAGAACAAUACCAUUCAAAGAAUCUUGUAACCGAAAGAAACCGAAGAAAGCGAAUCAAAGACGGUUUAUAUACACUACGCGCUUUAGUUCCCCGAAUUUCCAAGAUGGAUAAGGCUUCAAUAGUUGGAGAUGCAAUUGAUUACAUAAAAGAGUUGGAAAAAAAUGUUAAAGAGCUUCAAGAAGAGCUUAAGGAGCUUGAAGAACAAGAAUGUAAGGUGAAUGAUGGUGAAAUGGAAGUUUGCAAACCGAAAAGAGCUUAUGAGAGCUCUACACAAAUGUAUUCUAAAGCAAAAACUAGGGUUUCAAAUGUUAAUGAUUCAAAAAAUGAGGUGGAAGUGGAAGUACACCAAAUCGGGGCUCAUGAUUUCUUGUUGAAAAUAAUUUGCAAUAAAAAAGCCGAUGGGUUUUUGAAAAUAAUGGAGACGAUUGAUUCAUUGGGACUUGAAGUGAUUGAUAUUAAUGUUACUACUUGUAAUGGUCGUGUUUUGAAUGUUUUAAACCUUGAGGCUAAAGGGAAAGAGGUGGUGGCCAAGAGUUUGAAAGACUCGUUGCUUACGAGUUGGUCGGCUUUGAAAGUUGAGUGAAAUGUGAAAAUUUGUUUAGUUCUUUAAGUUUUUAUGUAAGAAAUUAAGAACAUUGAUUAAUAUUCUCAACA